AUGCGAACAGUCUUAUUAUCUAAAAAUGAAAUUCGUGAAUGUACUGUUUGUUUAUUAGAUCAACCAAUUAUUGAAUAUGAAGAACGUUAUAGUGAUCAAUGUGAACAUUCUCAACGAACUAUAUGUAAUACAUGUGUAUAUAAUAAUAUAAAAUCUCUUCUUGAAAAUUUAACUAAUAAUAAUAAUAAUAAUAUACACUGUCUUGAGCCUAAUUGUGAAAGUAUAUUUUAUUAUAAUUCUAUUCGUUCUAUUGUUUCUCUGAAAGAUAAUUUACAAUUAUUUGAACGAUAUGACCGACAAAUAACAUAUGAACAUCUUGAAAAAAUUCAAGAAUUUGUUUGGUGUGCAUCUAAUGAAUGUGGUUCAGGACAAUAA